CUGGUGGCGACAGACAGAAAUCCACAGUGCUGACUAACUGCUUUAUUUUCCAAGGGAUGACUUCAGAUCUGCAUAUCAUAAUAAACCCCUGGUAUGACGCCUCCCGCUCUCGAUGUUCCAACCUUACUAAAAGGAAAGGGCAGCUAGAUUCAGGUUGUGUUUAUCCCCUGCAGCCCCAAAAUGUCUGACCAUCUAGUUCACCCUCCCUUUUAGUGAUCUGGCAGAAAACACAUACCCAUCUUGUUUAGUUGAGUGGUUUGGGGGCUGCCCACUGGGUGGAGGAGCAAUGGUUGACCCUCCCCUUUUCCCUCCUAAAGUUUACGCAUUUGAUGCUUGCAAAAAUCAUGGACCACAUCCCAACAGACACGACUGGUGUCCUGACCCUUUCUUCCCUUCGGUCUUCUUUAAACUUGAUGACUUUUGCAGGAGCAGGACCACCUAGCCAUCUAUGCCUCCUUGCUGUCUUUUCUUUCCAUUUGUUUUCUUCCUCUGACUUUCUUUCAGUCCUAAUUCAAGUGUUCCUGAUCCUUGUCUACCUUAUCUCUCUCCCUAGAAAUGAAUUAUUACCUGCUGCUCAGCGACUGUCAUGGAGAAGGUGUUCUGUCUCGGUACCAGAGCUUACGGUUGGAAGGUCGAAUGUGUGAUGUUGUUUUGGAUGCAGAAGGAGUGCAGUUCCCUGCUCAUCGCACAUUGUUAGCCUGUUCCAGCGAUUAUUUCUGGUCCCUUUUCCAGGACUACACUCUAGAAUCUGGUGCCCGCACUAUCAGCUUGCCAGCUCUGUCAUCUCUGGGCCUGGAGCAGAUUCUGGACUUCAUCUACACCUCUUGGAUCUCUCUGUCACCCUCCACUUUGGAGGUCACACUACAGGCUGCCUGCUAUCUACAAAUCCCACAUGCUGUGGAUCUUUGCACUCAAUACAUCUCAGAAAGCAUUACUCCUGACAACUGCUGCUUUUUUGCUAACAUAGCAGCUCGGUAUGGCCUUUCGGAAGCAUUCAACGACAGUAACAGUUUCAUCGCCAGUAACAUGUGCAGAAUUCUUGCAAGCGAGCAAUACAAGGCUGAGCUAAUGGAGUUAAACCUUGAAUCUCUGCAAGAGGUCCUUGUAGCUGACGAUAUGCCAGGAGUAAAGGAGUCAGAUCUUCUACAGGUGGUUUUGGAAUGGUUAGAGUUCAACCCACAAUCUCCUCUGCAAAGUAAUGCAUUGCUCAGUCGGAUCCGAUUUGGUUUGGUGCCACCUGAAGAACUGUCGCAAUUUGGUGCACUUAAACCAGCUCUAAGUACACCCUUCAUUCAAAGCGUAGUGCAGAAAGCAUUUAACUACCACCUUCAGGGUCCCCUACAACCUCUGCUACAAACUGUCCACACCAGCCUCAGAGCCACAAACAGCAAGAUUGUUUUGGUGGGAGGAGGACCAGAAGCAAACAGACCGCAGAAUCAGAUCUUAACCUACGAACCUCGUAGCAAGAAAUUCAAGCCACUCUCAACAUCCUUGCCAUAUAAUGUUCAGCACCAGGGAAUAUGUGUUGUUGGGAACUUCCUAUUUGUGUUAGGAGGUGAGAUUGUGCAGGUGGAUGAGGAGAAUGAAAAGAGCGCUAUGAUGGAUGUCACUGACCAGGUGUGGCGCUAUGAUCCACGGUUUGAGCAGUGGGAGGAGAUGGAACCACUCUUGCAGAAGAGGGCACAGUUUGCCUGUUGUGUGAUGGAAGAUGUUAUUUUUGCUAUUGGUGGACGAGGCCAGACGGGAGAACCUGCUUUGUCAAUGGUAGAAAGGUACAAUAUGAGUGAAGGGUGCUGGCGAAGUGGUGUCUCCCUACCCUUUUCAGUUCAUGGGCAUGCCUGUGCCACUAUUGGAACAGGAAUUUACAUCUCAGGUGGCAUCCACAUCAACAAUCCAGAGAGCAGCAAAGAAGUGCUGUUUUUUAAUACUAUUGAGGGGGAUGCCUGGCAGAGACGCUGCAACAUGUCCAUUGCCAGAUUUGGCCACCAGAUGGCAACAUUAAAAGGAAGAAUUUAUACCUUUUUGGGAAUGUAUGAGCCCUUCUGUGACAUAGAAUGCUACAGUCCUGAGCAAGAUAUUUGGACUCGCCUAAAACCCCUACUGAAUGACCGCUUCUGCUAUGGUUUGACUGCAACAGGGGGUAAACGUGUGCUUAUGUUCGGAGGCAGAAAAUGGCAGGAAGGACAGGAGGUGUGUACAACAAAUGUUCUGGAGUACGACGCAGAACAUGAUGCCUGGAGGGAAGUGUGUAAACUACCAGGGCCCCUGUGUGGGAUUCAGUGUGCCAUAAUGACUCUUCAAGACCCUCCGGAGACCUAAAAGUCAAUUAUAAACACCAUCCCACAUACACAUAGACAAACAGAUGGCUGUCAUGGGGCAGUGAGUGUUGAAGGACAAGGUAUAUCUCUGUGUCAUUGAUACAUGGAUUGUUAAGUGGCAUGGAAACAUGACUUCUAUUUACCCAGAUAUGGAGGACCUUGGUGGGGGUAAAAUGCUAUCAUGUGUGUUUUACAGCAAGCGGUAAGAGCUCCUGAAAGUAGGUCAUUAUGAAUAGGGGAGAGAAAGUCAUGACACUGAUAGAUGACCUGUCAUAAAGACGUUGUCUUGAGAAAUGACAUAGUUCCUUUAUUGACACUGGAGAAAAAGACAGAGCUAUAGCUGAAAACACAGCUAUGGCCACUCUAUCUUGAAAGGCAAGAAGAAAGGAAAGACAAACAAAUGAACGAAAGAUAAAUGAAAACAAACUGUACAGCUUGAAAUUCAGUUUGAAUAGUAUUUGGGUAUUUGGCAAAGUGUAAAGAUCAAAGGUGACAGUCAUAAUGUCUUAUGACAGACGGACAGCUGCCUUGAAUGUUGGAUACAGAUUGUGGAUAGUAAAACAGACAGCACUGAAAUGGAAGGAGGGCGCACUCACAAAUGCUGAGAGGGAAAGCCAAAUUAGACUGCAAAUUUGGAAGGGGAACAGGAGGUCAUAGCAGGCAAAGACAAGUAUCAAGUCCACUAAGUGUGUGUGGGAUGCAGACAAUCCAAAGGAGGAUGAGGAGACUUUUAGUGAGCAAUGAUAAACAAAAUUGUCUAGACACAAGAACAUCUGACAACUUAAAAGCCAGGGCCUGCAUGUAAAUCUAAAUUCCUCAUUACAGAUAAUGCUGUGUGAUUAGAAAACCAAUAUAGUUAAGCAGAACUGCAAAUAGCUACGCAGAAAUCUUGUAAAAUGUUGAAAAAUGCAUUCAGUUUGGAUGAUAAACAUAAUUAUACAUUUAUAAUGUCUGUGAAUGUUGAUGCUGAUGAAAGUAGACUGAAAGCAAAUAAAUAUUAAU